AUGUCGUCAAGGUCCCUCCCGAACAUAAUAAUCACUGGCACGCCCGGCACCGGCAAGACGACGCACUGCGAGGUGCUGGCGGAGAAGUGUCCUGAGCUGAAGCAUCUGAGCGUGAACCAGGUGGUCAAGGAAAGGGAGUGUCAUGAGGGCUGGGACGAGGAGUAUCAGAGCUGGCUGGUGGAUGAGGACAAGUUACUGGACGCCAUUGAGGACGAGUGCAAGGCGGGGGGUCGCAUCAUCGACUGGCACGCGUGCGACCUGUUCCCCAAGAGCUGGAUCGACCUUGUGGUGGUGUUAAGGGUAGACUCUGCAGCCCAUUACGACCGGCUUGCGGCGAGAAACUACCCCGAGGUCAAAUUGCAGGAGAACAUUGAUUCCGAGAUCAUGGAGGUGCUUCUUCAGGAGGCGCGGGACUCGUAUGACGAGGAAAUUGUCGUCGAGCUCAAGAGCAACACGAACGAGGAGCUGGAGGAGAACGUCGAGAGGAUUCAGACGUGGUUGAAGCAGUGGAAGGAGGACAAUAACGCCUGAGCGAGAGGCUAUAUAUGUAUUCCCCGUCUUCGAGGGGUUAAGGAGUCUAUCUCGCAGGAUGCUUCACCUGAGAGAUGGGAGGGAGGAAAUUUGGGAAACCAGUAUGAGUUACCCGCAGAGACGGGAUAGGACGGCGUUUUGAAACCAAAAAUAAAACUGAGAUAUGAUACCCCUGAG